AUGGCCGACUUCACGGCCGUCAACCCCCAGGAUGACUGGAAACACGAUCUUCACUCCGUGUAUGCGGCAUACAUCGGGUGGUUCCAAGCGGAAAGGGUUCAAUGGUAUCUGCGAACGUGGGGACACCUCUUUGAGACGUUCAACGAGUUCCUCGCCUUCUCUUGGCCCGUCAUCACCGUGACUGACGCAUCCACCGGGCGUGCACACAUCGUCACGCAACGGCGCUCCAUCGACCUGUUCUUACGCCAGAUCCGCUCUAGGUUUGGCGAAACACUCCCAGAUCCCGAUGUAGCUAAACUCGGCAGCAACAUCGUGCGCGUCUCCCCGCUCGAGACGGCCAACCGCAUCCUCAUUCGCGUGAGCGAUUGGGCGGCGUACAAGCGCGUGCAUGCAACGCUUCCUGCUGUCAUGCUCUCUGGGAUGCGGCUUCGUGUUCGGGUGGGCGAUAUGCGCGCAAUCCGGGAGCUUUGGGGCAAGCGCGAGAAGACGUUCAUGGCGGUCGACUUCGAGUGGUCAGAGCGGAAUACGUCGACAGUGCUGGAGUGGGGCUAUGCAACGAUGCGGUGUGGAUUCUUGGACCUAAACGGUGUUUGGCCUCCAGACCCGAAUGGGAACUAUAGGGCUGGACACUACAUCGUUUCGGAGCAUCUGGACAAAGUGAAAAAUCAACGGUGUCCCACCAAUCCACAUGAGUACGCCUUUGGCGACAGCCAAGUCGUCCCAAAAGUCAAGUUCCCGCAAAUCAUCGAGACGAUAUUAAGCAGCUUGGCAAGCCCUGGAUCCGAAUCGGUUCCGAACGACCUCGUUCUCGUAGGCCACGGCAUCUCAGAAGACCUGAAGCGCUUCGAGGAACUCAAAAUCGGCAUUCCAAAAAACGUGAUCAUCCUUGACACCGCCGUUCUCUCGCGUACCGCCCUCUCUUCCUCUACCUCAAAAAGCGAAACGUUGUCUCUGCCCGCUCUACUCCGUGUGCUGGGCAUGGACGCGGGCGACCGUGUCGCACCUCACAAUGCAGGGAACGAUGCGUACCUGACGCUCGCUGCAUUCCAGCGCCUCAUGGAGUCGGAGACGCCGGACGUGCGGCCGAAGAAGAAGGGAAGGCGUCCGCGCGAGUCUUCGAUGUCCAACGGGCAGAGUCAAGUUCAGGCUCAAGCCCAUGCACAAGCACAAGCGCAGGCUCAGAUGAUGGCCCAGAUGACGCAGAUGGCGCAGAUGGGAUCCAUGAGUCCUAUGGCCCCUAUGCCAAUGGGCCAGAUGCAGGCGAUGCAGAUGGGCAUGCCGGUGCUUGGGAUGGGAUUCGGAGGGCCGAUGCAGAUGUUCCCAUCUCCUCAUCCCGGACAGUCUCCGCAGCCACCGCCGAGCUCGCAAUUCUUGUCUCCAGGGCAAGGUCACGGGCAGAGCCAGACCAUCACGGAAGGGACGAAGAGGAGGAAUUCGCAGCUUUUGGGCGUACCCGGGCCGGGUUACUCGUCGAGGACUCUUGACGGACGGAGGCACUCUAUGCUUCCGGACUUGGGGUCGGGGUCAGGCUCAGGAUCGGCGUCGGGGCACGAUAGCAGCAGGAACCGUUCGUCUAGUAGCGGGAAUGUUGCAGACACACGGAGGCUCUCGUACGACUCGCGGGGCUCUGGCUCUGGCUCUGGUCACGGAUCGGGCUCAGGUUCGGGUAUGGGAAUGGGGACGGGCACGCGAUCAGGAUCAAGCCUUGAUCCAGGAUCAUCUCGCCGUGGCCAUAACCGCAUCAGCUCCAACACGUCUCAAGGAAUGGAUGAAUUUGGCGCCAUGCCAGUACCGGCGGCCAAGAGUAGGUUGUCCCGCGUUGUCCGCAUCGAAGAGCCGGAUGAUGUUGUCGCUAUGGAGGGUCUGAGUCUGGGGGCGAAACGCAUGCCAGGACGAAAGGUCAGAGAGGAUGUACCCGUGUUGCGGGCGGGGACGGCUACGAUUGUCUCAUGAGCCAGAAGUGGAGGUGACGCUGGCUGUGGAUAUGGCAGUGCAGGUGGAGGACUAUGUCAGUUCGUGUUGAUGCGUGACUGACUUUGACGAUCUGUACGAAAACGCGAAACUUGCUUCGUUAAGCAUUAGAUCAGCU